CCCAGCCAGCCAGCAGCCAGCCAGCCAACAGUCGAAAUCAGCUGACGGCGAGCAGUUGUUACCACGGCUCCUCAAACGCGAUACUGUUCAGGUGUCGGGCGAUAACAGAUCAAGAUGUUGGGCAACUUCGUCGGUUACUUAUUUGGUGGUAACUACUCCGGGACGCAGGACUCGCUCGAGGAGGAUCCUCGAACCCGGGGGAUAACGCGGAGAUUCAGACAAGUGGAAGUCGAGAACGACGAAUGGAUCCUCAUUGACCGGACUGUUGAGGGCACGCUGGAGGAGCCGUGGUACGAAAUGCCACCUGCAGUGUUCACACAAGAAGGACCUAUCAAAGUGGCCACCUCGCCUAUGGAGAAUCUGCUGAUUGAACAUCCCAGCAUGUCCGUUUAUUCCGUCGUGUCCGGAACGCCUACGUCGCCUGCUGUCGUUCCAGACACCCCGCCACCCUCGCCGGAUAGAUGGACGGAUAAUCAAAAGGACAGCAACGUCCCGGAUGUCACCGAUCUUCCCCAAAAUGUUCCUCCGGCACCGCCAGCUAAUCUGUCGUCUUCGGUGUCCACUUUAUGCACUAUGUCCACAUCACUAGAUUGCAGUCCCGAUCGAAGUAAUAUUGACGAAUUGUCGCGCAGAGUUGUUGCAGAGAUGCAAGCCAUCGACAAUGACAGACCCGUGUCCGAUAACAAUAACAACAACAGAGCUAACAUUGAAAAACAACUUCAAACCGCUCAAAAACGAGCUCAAGUGAUGCUGAAGAAACGUUCGACUCAGAACCUGACACGAACUCGUUUGGAGAAAAGCAACAAAGUGCGUCAGGCAAAAGGUAAGCGACUUCGUCGCCAAGAACGUUUGCGCGUUCGCAAUAGUGGAGCAAACAACAACCGAAAGUGCUAGUCAUCCGAUCUCAGGCCAAGCUGUACUUAAACUUCUUCCUGAAAACAUGACCAACGCUACAACAAAAUAGCCAUACAUAGUGAAGUUCGUUGCAACAACGGAAAACUGAAGGGCUUCGUAUUAACUUGUCUUGUGUACACUGUGUGGUUUUUUUGUUUUUUGUUUUAGUUAUUCAAAAAAAAAUUGUGUACACAAAUGAAACCAGGUUUAACUUCGAUUACCUUGAUCGGCCGACAUGGCGAUUCCGAUGGGAGCGGCCAAUUUUUUGAUUAGACAAAGUGACUAAACACGAUUAACAUUUAAUUGAAACCGAUCAAAUUAAUUGGAGUAAAACCGGCCUUUAUAACAAGAAAUGGGACAGUUGCAAUACGUGAUAGCUAUUUCUGCUCACCAAUGAUCUCAAUUUGCUUCACUUCUUAUCAUUAUUGACUCUGGUGUUUCGAUUGUUUUGCUAUAUAAGCCCUGUUUGCGCACGAAAAGAUCUGACAAAGAUUUGUUGCAACGAAAUUUUACUAGUGCGAGCGUAUACUUGUUCGCCCAAGUAUAGUGAGGAAGUGUGUACAUUUGGUAACUAGGAUUAUAGCUCACAUAUACAAACAAAAACCGAGUGACACGUUUAACCCUUUCUGAAAAAAAAAAAAUCCAUAUAUAUUUUAAGUAAUUUAAAUUUUCCUUUAAUAUUUUAACGAUAAUAGUGAUUACGUUCUAGUAUAACAUAUAUAUAUCUCUCUCUUAUUAAGUUUUUCAUAUCAUUGUGUGUACAUAUUUAUCUUUUGGACCCUGUAGCGUAGUCGCAUAUAAUUUUAUUGUAACAUCUCUAGAUAUUUCGUUGUAAUCAUUUUAGAAAUUAUACACAUGGCGAUGAUUCUCUUUUUUCAUAUAAAAUAAAAACAAAUUGUUCCUCACGCAGGAGUCAUACAAAAAACGAAUGCAAUAAUUUUUAAACUUCUACUAUUUGGCAAUGGAAGUUUACUGACAAACCACGUUCACGCAAAAAAUGAUUCCUAUCAUAUAUAUGUAAUUUCCAUAAUCUUGUACAGGUGAUCGAAACAAAGCAAUAUUGAAGAUAUGCAAUUUUAUCUUGAAAGGGUUAACAGGAGUCCUCACAAAAGUAUGUUUUAAGAGUGAAGUACAUCAUUAUACACACGUGCGAGGACAUUGAUAUUAUUAGUGCAUUGUUAAGAUUAUAUAUAUAUAUAUGUACAUGUGCUUCAUUUAACUUCAUUUAAGUAUAAGAUUGAUUAAUUAUAAUUAUUUAUUUUUAGCACACACAAUGGCAUAAAUAUAUAUAUAUAUACAUUAUGUAUAUUUAAAUAAUUUCUUACAGUUACAACUUAAUUAAUUGCAUUAGUAUCGAAAGUGUAUUUGCACAUUCGUCACAAACAAAAAGAAAACAACAACAAAAAACAAGAACUUUCUCUAUAAUAUUUAAGAAAUGUACAUCUCUCUACAGAGACGCCACGUAUGCCUUUAUAUCUUGAGAAGUUAGAAAAAGAAGAGAAAAAAAAAAGGUACUUUGAGAGAUCGAAAAAGCAGUUUUUCAUUUGUACAAACAAUGAUGUAAUUUUGAAGAUAUACUUUUUAAUAAGCAUCGAAAUUCGAGAAACGAACACAAAUAUUUUAUAACGAAACCGAAUGCUCGUCACACAGCAAUCGACCGUGUCCUCUCGACUCUCACAUGAAAAAAAAAAAAAAAAAAA